AUGAGUCUCAUAGAGGCUGCACAGCACCACAAAGAGCCCGCAGCAGUUCUUCUACUGCCCGCAGACCAAACCAGGUUCUGGUGUUUUAAAGGUGCUGCAAUUAUAAUUCUAUUUUCUGUGAGCUUCUGUAUUCCGGAGGAGUUCUUCAGUAAAGCUUUAUUUAUCAUCGGUGCUGCUGGAGCCCUUGGUUUUGUUCUCAUUCAGCUUGUAGUUCUGAUUGAUGUUGGAUAUUUUUUGAACCUGAUGUGGGAGAAAAAGACAACGGAAGGGGGUUCACGCUGUUGGCAUAUCGCAGUGCUGGCAGCUACCUGUCUCAAUUACAUGCUCUCCUUAGUCACUGCCAUCAUUUGCUUCAUCUUCUAUGCUUCUGGUUCCUGCAUUCAGAAAACCUUCUUCAUUAUCUUCAACGGCCUAAUUUGUGUUUUAGCAUCCAUAAUAUCUCUUCACCCAAAGGUUCAGGAACUGCAAAGUGGGUCUGGUCUUCUUCAGUCUUCACUGAUCACGCUGUAUGUUCUAUAUCUCACCUGGUCAGCAAUGACAAAUAUGCCAGUAAAUGCCUCCAAACUCAUUGUACAACAAGAUGAUGACCCCAAACAUACUACUAAGGGAACGCAGCAGUUUGUCAAAGCUAAAUUAUGGAGAAAUCUUGGCUGGGAAAGCCAGUCACCCGAUUUAAAUCCAGCUGAAGAGAAAACGUAA